GUCACUUAUCAAUAGACUGAAUAAGUAAUGUAUUAUAUAUUUGUUAAAAAGGGACCCCACUAAACUGAAGUGCCACCAAUUUACUGCAGGAUUUUGUGCACAAUUUCUUCUUGCCAUCCAAUAGCCGUUAGCUGGGUUGUAGUUCAAGAACACCAUUUAUUCAGCCUUUCACCAACAUUUCCCAGAGAUUAUUUUCUUGCAGCCACUGAUUUUACUGAUGCACUGUAUCCGGAACUGAGAGGGUUAACUCCCAGGAGUCCAAAGUGCUGUUUGUCUUUGAUAAAAGGGAAAGUUCAGUUUCAUUUCUUGUUCAGUUGCUGUUCCUGAUUUCAGUGAUGGCGUCGGCUGCUGAUCUGAGAGACGAGCUGAGCUGCUCCAUCUGCCUGAGCAUUUAUACUGAUCCUGUAUCCCUGCCGUGUUCCCAUAACUUCUGCCGGGGCUGUAUUGGGACAACAUGGGACACCCAGGAGGGAUCUGGGGCUUAUUCCUGCCCUGAAUGUAGACAGGAGUUUAAGGAGCGCCCUGCCCUGCCCAGGAACAGAACUCUGGGGAACAUAGCAGAGCGAUUCCUUUCUGCUCAGCCCGAGCCGGGGGAGACUGGGAUUCCCUGCACCUACUGUGUCCUCUCUCCUGUACCUGCUGUUAAAUCCUGUCUCCUGUGUGAGGCUUCUGUGUGUGAGACCCACCUGAGGAUGCACAGCAAGUCAGCGAAACACGUCUUAAUAGAACCCACAAUGGACAUGGGGGACAAGAAAUGCUCCGUCCAUGAUGAACCCCUGAAAUAUUACUGCUGGGAGGAGUCUGUCUGUGUCUGUGUGUCCUGCUGUCUGGCCGGAGAGCACAGGGGCCACAGGGUGGAGCUGCUGAGUGAGGCCUCUGAGAAGAAGAAAGAGACACUGAGGAAAGUUCUGAAGAAACUGAGGCCAGAGAGAGAGGAGACUGAGAGAGGAGCCCAGAGACUGCAGGAGCGCAGGAGAGAAGUGGCUGAAAAAGCAGCCGGUGAGACAGAGAGAGUCACUGCCCUGUUUAGAGACAUCAGGGAACAGCUGGAAGCCCUAGAGAAGCGACUCCUGAGUGACAUCUCCAGCCAGAAAGAGAAGCUCUCACUCACACUCACUGAUCUGAUGGAGCAGCUGGAAAUAAAGAAGGACGAGCUGUCCAGGAAGAUCCGUCACAUUGAGGAGCUGUGCAACAUGGCAGAUCCACUCACUGUCCUACAGGAACGGGAAUCACAUGGAGCUGCAGAUAAUGAGGGGGGCAGAGAGAGAGAGGAUUCAUUGUUCCCAUUAUUGCCUGUUUUUCUGCCUUGGCGAAAGGGAAAGAACAUACAGAUGAAUAGAGACAGGUUACAAGAGAGACAUAAUAUAAAGGUCCCUGCUGUAGGGGAUCUGGAUGUGGAUCUGAUCUCAGAGACAUUACUCACAGGCUUAGCUGCCAUUGUGACUGGUGUAACUUCAAAAUUAGCCCGUCAUUUGGGUACAUCAGCAAGUGGAGGAGAAGGCUCAGAACUUUUUGUGUCAUUGAUAAAAACAAUACCAAGUAUUUCCCCAUUAAAUUCUAUUACUAACAGUAGAUUUGACCCUGUGUAUGGGCAGGAGGCUACAGACCUGUUACUUGAUAUAAACACGGCUCAUAAUCUUGUAUCUGUAUCAGGGGACAGGAAAUCUGCUUCCUUCUCACUAACAGAACUAGAUUACCCACAAUCCCCAGAGAGAUUUCAGAAAUAUGCUCAGGCUUUAAGCAGCAGGAGUUUCCCCUCAGGGCGACAUUACUGGGAAGUGGAGGUCAGUGAAUUAGGGGAGUGGUGGGUAGGGGUGGCCUAUCCCAGUAUAGAGAGGAGAGGGGGUCAGUCCUGGAUUGGGAAUAAUAACAAGUCCUGGGGUUUGUACAGAUGGUAUAAUAAUAACAGAUAUUCAGUGGGACAUGACAGUAAAUGGACAGAGUUACCCCAUGUCUCUUCCUGCAGGAGAAUCAGGAUCUCAUUGGACUAUGAGGCCGGACGUCUGUCCUUUUAUGAGCUGAGUGAGCCAAUCAGACACUUACACACCUUCACUGCCACAUUCACUGAGCCCCUCCAUGCUGCAUUUUGUCUAUGGGGGGAAGGUGCCUGGGUGAGAAUUAUUAAAUAAGUCCCUGCCCAGGGCUGAAUCAUUGUUUAUAAUGUUUAUCUGUUCUGACCCCCCUGUUACCAGUGAAUUAACCCUAUUAAACCCUAUGAUAGAAUUACCACCUUUCAUGAUACACAGAAAUACUGAAUAAAAACUGAUCAGUUCAGCCCUGCUAAGUGCAUUUUGCUUAUCUCCUGGCUGCCAUAUGUUACAUCAGUACUGAGCAGCUUCUUACAUGUGAUUGGCCAGUUAUUUAUAAUGUGUGGGUAUGAAGGACAGAUAACAAUAAAGUAAAAUUAUACAAGAAUGCCCAUGUAUCCACUGAUCAGGCCGGGCCCAUAGAAAUAUUGUAUAAAAAAUCACUUAUGCUCUAAUUGAUGCUUUAAUCUAAUUGAUGUUCUUCAUCACCCAACUGCCCCACUUGUCCAGUGAUGCUCUUCACCUGGGACAUUCAGCCAAGCUAGCAACACUGGAGCACAUUCAAUAAACAGUAUAUAGGGGUAUUAUAAUCCUGUGAUCCUUUUUGAUGCUUCCAUACCUGGUGGGGUACUGGGGUACUAUCCCUUACUAAUCAUCUCUGUGAGGGGACAAGAUGACCAAGCUUAUCAGCCUCAUGUUGUCUCAUGUUUGAGGUGAGAUAUAACAGAUGGAGCUGCCUCUUGCUAGACCUGUACUACAGACAACAUGUAUCAGACCCUUAGAUAUUGGGUAAGUGCUCAGGGUGCUGAACAGCCUCGAACUUCUAACAGUGGAAACAUAAACCCUUCCCUGCUCCCAGAUUCCCUUUAUAGGCUACAGGGAAAUGCAAGGAAAAGUCCAAACUGCUAAAAGGACAGAAUUACUCAACUUGACUUGUGUAACUGUAUAUGGGAGGGUUCGGCCCAUCUCACCACUAUUUGUAUAGAUAAAUAACUUGGCCUUUUUAAUUGGGUGACUUUUUACUGAUCUUGUGACUGUGACAGGGGCUUGUAUUUCCUGCAAGAGCUUUAAAUGUUUUUAAUCCAUAUAUUAAAGUAUUUGCAUGUCUUUAUUGUGAUUAAUAAUAAAAUCUGAUGAUCCAA